AUGGGUCGGCCCAAACUCUAUAACACUCCAGAAGAACGUCAAGAGGCCAAACGGAUGCACCGACGGACACACUAUGCAAGGAACAAAGCUGCAAUCAGUGCGAGACUCAAAGUGAAAUAUCGGGAAAACCAAGAAGCACGAGCUGCCCCAGUCUUCCCCUCAAAAAAGGUUAACGGUGAUAUCAACCAUCAUAUGAUCGAUCCUUACGACAAUCAGGGCUCACAGCAUGUUCACUGCCACCAGAAAACAAAGUCCGCCAACAAAAGGGAUCGCUUAUCAAGGUACUUAGAUGGACCACCUGCACAGGUGAUAGAUGCUCUAGUACGCAACCACCUCGAGACUGGUGACUUAGAUGGGCUUCGAGGGACACUAUCUGCGUUAGAGGUGAUUGUCGAGGAGUUGCACGAUACAGAACAGCAUAUAUUAGGACGCGAGGGCAUGAGCCCAAAAUUUCUUAAGGCAUCUGAUGCAUCCAAGGAGGCAAAGGAAGUGAUUCGUGCUGUGGAAGAUGUUUUUUGUUGCGCAUUGGUGUCGGGGAUGGAUCUUCACCAGCGAUAUGCAGACAAAAAAUUUAUAUUCCAGACGCUCUGGGACACUAACGCCAUAACGAUUAUGGCUCCCCGGAAAUGGACUUCUCCUGAACAGGAUGAAUGGUUAGCUCCUUGGUAUGACAAGUACCGCGCAAAGCAAACUGAAAAAAAUAAAAACUGGCCGAACUUUUUCGCCGACUUGAACGAGACGUGGUUCAUUGCAUACCCAGAGCAAAGGCCGGCUAGUUUACCCCCUGUUGGACCAUUGACCCAAGAUGAGAUGCUUGUGAUGCAUAAGGCUUGUGAUGAGCGAAAAGAGAAAUUAAGAAACCGCUUCAAAAAUAGUCUUGGUACAACGAAAGCAGGACGGCAAGCAAAGGCCGAUGCUACAGAUGUCUUCAAAGUCGUAUUGCGGAGUGUCGCCGAAUCCGAGAAGCCAACACGUUCCCUUCAGGAAGUGGAGGCAUAUUCCAAGCUCUAUUACCAUACGCGUAUCAAGGCAACAGCUGACGAAGUACUGAAAGCUGAAGCAGAAUUACUGCAAGCAGAAAACAAGACACUUACGAAUGGAAAGCGUAUCGCCAUCGUGAAGCAGCACACAGCAAGCCUCUAUAGCGGAGAGACUGAUGAGGUUAAGGCGGAGGUACAGAGAUACAUCGAGAAUCAGAAGACUCGGACGCAGAAGGACAAUGAGGCGGGAACGUGGAGCGAAGAUGAUUAUGCAAGAAAUAUAGAAAAACUUGCCGCUAUUGCUAACAAGUUCCUCAAGGGGCUAGCGGAAGCCACUGGGUUCACAUUCUCCCUCCUGGCGGGUGGCCCUUCUCCAGAGUCCAGCGGCUCAAUUGACGUCUAUAGGCAUUUCGGAAAUGACUUCAGCAAGGCAUACCCUGAGUUUGAAACAGGUAUCAUGUCUCCAUUCAGAGACCAUCUGUAUCGAGUAUAUCCCGAUCUGGUGGAUUCAAGGGCACACCUAGGGAGUCCCGCGUCAUUGAACGAGGGUCCCACAUCGUUGAACGAGCUUGAGGGUCCCGCAUCGUUGAACGAGAGUCCUGUGUUGUUGUGGAAUGAGAUUGAGAUAGGAAGGGGUCUGGAGGAUGUGUCCCAACGACGAUCGGAUAUAUCAUCUGAUGGCAAUCACUCGGCAUUAAGCGGAAUGAAGGAUGCUGACAAAUCAGGUCAGACUUUUUCCAAUACGUCCGGCAGUACUACUAGUGGUCCAGACACCAACCUGCCGUUUGAUUCAGCUCAACAGAGCUCACUUGAUUUUUCUGAAAACUUGACUGGCGAUUGGAAUCUCGACGACACUUUUUGGACCGAUCUUGCUGCCAAGGUCGCAGCAUUUGAGGUGUCAGGUGGUGACAAUCCGGCCUUGCCGCACUUGCCUCCUUACCCACAUGCAGAGUCUACAUCUUCCCCAACCCCACAAUCACCCGAUGUUCCAGCGCCGCUGCCGCAUAUCCCGCACACCAUAUGUCACACAUCCCCUGCUACCUCAUCCCAUAUGGUCCCUGCAUCUCCAGAGGUUCCAGUACAGGCUGCGCAGUUCCCACUCCCUGCAUCUCCAGAGGUUCCAGUACAGGCUGCGCAGUUCCCGCACCAUGAUUCUCAGCCAGCGAGUCCUAUGGAGCCACGAUUACAGCCCUCACCCCCUCCCAUUUCCACUUUACCUGGACUCCCUUCCAACACACCAGUCAUCGCCAAGACAACAACGCAACCCUUACCGCACCAGUCAAAUGCGCUGUCUACCAGUGGUGUUGAACCCUCCCCUGAUGGCAACGAACAUUGUCAUCGCCGUAGGACUGGUCGGGUGUCCAUUCCCUCCAAGCGCAAUGCUGCCGCUAAUAGCAUUGGCGAAAAUGCACUGACUGUUUCCGGGAAGCAUGCCACGGCACGGGAACCUAGUACGUCCAGUCGCAAACAGAAGUAA